AUGGAGGAGCACAGCACAAUAACGAGGAAAAGAAAAAAAAGAGAUAUUGAAUAUACAGAGGCAGAGGAUGUGAUAUUCAAGGAUAUAAUGGAUAACAUACUGAAGAGAGUUCCGGUUAGAGAUCUUGCAAGGUUCAAAUGUGUUUGCAAGUCAUGGUCCAACUCCAUAAUACCAAAGGUAAUGGAAAGUAUUAGUAGUUGUAGCAAACUCAUAGUUUCGUCUCCUUCAGAAAUACAUAUUCAGAUUGUAGAUCAUGAAGCAGCAGCAGCAGCAGCAUCAUCAUCCAACACCAAGAGCAUCGUCAAACGCCUUCCUUUUCCAAUAAAAGAAUCAGGUCAGAUCGUAGUUGGUUCCUCUAAUGGCUUUCUAUGCAUAUUUUUGGUUGGAAAGUACAAUCUUAUUUUGUGGAACCCUUUAACCAAUGCAUACAACAAAGUUAAUCUAUGGGUGGAAAAUAAUCCUCUUGUAGAGAUGAUCUUUAAUUAUUUCUACUUCCCAUUUAUAGGAUUCGGGUAUGAUAAUUGUAAUCAUGAUUAUAAGAUUGUGAAAUUGAUUGAUUUCAAAUUGAUGGUUUAUUCACUGAAGACAAAUUCUUGGAGAAACUUGAAACCAAUACCUUUAUCUUUUUGUUUGAAUGAGUACAAACUUGAAACUGAUAAUCCCAAUAUCGGCACUCUGGUGAAUGGAGCUCUAUAUUGGUUUGUGACUCUUUACGUGACCAAUGCAAGAAGCUAUAAGACAUAUGCGAUUUUUCGAUUUGACUUGGCAGACGAGAAGCAGAGUUGGGUUCAACCACCCACUAAUGCUGAUCAGAGCAUUGAAUUAAAGUUGACUGUUUUUGAAGUAAACAAGCAGCUCUGUGCCUAUCAGAACCUUGGAAGGGUGAUCGAGAUGUGGGUUUUGAAAGAAGAAGAUAAUGAUUUUGAAAGUAGAAAAGUGAAGUGGACAAAAUUGAUGAGCAUUGAACACUCGGAACAAGUACAGCCUAUAAUAUUUAUGAGGAAUGGUGAAGUACUAUUACAUGUGAAGAAUGAGGAGAAGAAUAAAGAAGGUUUGAGUCUGUAUAAUCACAAACAAAAGAAGUUCAAAUGGCUUGAGAUUCCAGAGAUCAAAGACUGGAAAUAUUUAAUAGAGAUGACAUACAAGUUGCCUCAAGAGGAUUCUGAUGGUGAGAUCUUUAAAUCCUUGUAUGCUCAAUCUGAAGAGUUUCUUCAAACCAGUAAUGCAAGUAUUGAUGGCCGUGGUUCUGCUCGAGUUUCUGACCUAUAUUAUGAUGGAUGA